AUGGAAGAUCAUGUGCUUCACCUUAGGAAGGUGUUAAGUAUACUGAGGAAAGAACAGUUGUUUGCUAAACUGUCCAAUUGUUCCUUUGGUCAGCCUAAGGUGGAAUACCUAGGACACAUUAUAUCUGGAGAAGGGGUCUCUACUAAUCCCUCAAAAAUUGAAGCUAUGGCCAAUUGGCCAACACCAAAAUCUGUUAAGGAUCUAAAGGGUUUUCUUGGACUGACAGAUUAUUAUAGAAGGUUUGUUAAGUCCUAUGGGGUUAUCAGCAGACCAUUAACUAACCUGUUAAAGAAGAAUGGGUUUCAUUGGGAUGUUGAUUCUGAAGCAGCUUUUCAAGCACUUAAGGAAGCAAUGACUACUGCUCAUGUGCUAGCCUUGGCUGAUUUUAAUAAAUAUUUUGUGGUAGAAACUGAUGCAUGUUCUAGUAGAAUGGGAGCAAUACUAAUGCAGCAAGGGAAACUUAUAGCCUUUUUCAGCAAGGCAUUGGCACCUAGACACAUGGGGUUGUCUACCUAUGAGAAGGAGUAUAUGGUUGUUUUGUCAGCU